UUCCGCACCAUGGCUGGCCUGGAUCCUCUGGGAUUUGCCAACACCAGAGUCUUCCGUAUCCCGGUUGGUGCAUCUGAAAAAGAUGCGGAUGGAGUGAAAUUCACCAAGAAUUGGCCUCUUCAACGGACAUCCCUGCGAGGCUCAGCCGGAACCUUCAUGCUUCUGAUGUCUUCGCCUGACACAGGACAUGAUACCAGUACAAUUACGACAUAAACAGCUCCAUUACGCUUAGUGUCAUUCCAUACGACCGCUUUAUUCCGUCGAUCUUUACCUUACACACCUCCUCGGAGGGCCUUGCGAACCUUGGCAUCUCUCAGUCGCACGAGCCAGCCGUGGAGAUAUGCAUUUCGGCCCCUUGACAGCAUCGCAGCACGGUGGCCCAAUUCAUGGGCCUGAUCGACGUAGAGCGGACAUGAUUCAGGACAACGGCGGGUUCCGGCCUGGCGGAGCAAGUCUCCACAAUGUGACAGUUGGACACGACUCAGACAGCGGUACAUUUGCUCGUCGUGUCCGAAAUGGAGCCCCUGCAUCAGAAAAGUCGGUGACCGCAGCUAUGGAAUCGGUCCCCAUCAUGAAUAUUGCUCUGGAAAGCCGUGAGGACGCCUCACCCACGUCGAGCACAAAGGAAUUGAGCUGCUCGGACAGCACUCUGACGGGGCUGGGAUCGAGGAUCCGUUCCUGAAAUCUGAGCGGGUGAAGAUGGUCUCUCAUUCCCUUGAUCGGCAGUUAUGGUACCAUGGGAGACUUGUAGCACGUG